GGGCCUGCCGGGGGCGCUGGGCCGGGUGCAGAGGCCAGAGAAGACAGGCAGGCUCAGCUGCGGCCGCGGUUCGUCCCCUUGAGGCCAGCCACGGCAGGGUCCGGCGGCUCAGGGCGCACUUUGUCAUCAGCCCACGUCGCGACCCCAGCGGAGGGCACGAGCAGCCGCGGGGCGCUGCGGGCCGGCACUCGCGGGGCUUGCCGCGCCACCCACUGCCGUUAUGGAGUCGGGACUGCGCGGCGGCUCCAGGCCCGCGGAGCCGGGGCCUUGCCUGAGUAGCCCGUGCGGCGCGGACCAGGCGGCCUCGGCCUCCGUGCUGAGUGUUGCCGGGGCUGAGUCCGGGAGCCGCACGCUCGCUGUGGCCGCCGUGUUGCCCGCGGGCGGGUGCGGGGAGAGGAUGGGCGUCCCCACCCCGAAGCAGUUCUGCCCAGUCCUGGAGAGGCCGCUCAUCAGCUACACCCUGCAGGCCCUGGAGAGAGCAUGUUGGAUAAAGGACGUUGUUGUGGUGGUAACUGAAGAGAACAUGCAAGCCAUGGAAAAUAUCAUUCAGAAGUAUAAGCAUAAAAGCAUCUCACUAGUGGAAGCUGGAGUGACUCGCCACAGGUCAAUUUUCAAUGGACUAAGAGCACUGGCAGACAAUCGGCUCAACUCCAAACUUUCAAAGCCAGAAGUUGUGAUUAUUCAUGACGCUGUGAGACCAUUUUUUGACGAAGAUAUCCUCCUCAAAGUUGUCACAGCUGCUAAGGAACAUGGGGCAGCAGGAGCAGUUAGACCUCUCGUAUCUACUGUCAUCAGUCCCUCUGCCGAUGGUUGCUUAGACUAUUCGCUAGAACGAGCUAGACACCGAGCAAGUGAAAUGCCACAGGCAUUCCUGUUUGAUGUGAUUUAUGAAGCAUAUCAGCGGUGUAGUGACUAUGAUUUGGAAUUUGGAACGGAAUGUUUACAGUUGGCUCUAAAAUACUGUCACAUUAAAGCCAAACUUGUAGAAGGAUCACCUGACCUCUGGAAGGUGACCUACAAACGAGAUCUGUAUGCGGCUGAAUCGAUUAUUAAGGAGAGAAUUUCACAAGAAAUUUGUAUAGUUAUGGACACAAAAGAAAAUGAAGAACAUAUAGGUCAUCUUCUUGAAGAAAUACUGAAAACUGAAUUAAACCAUGUACAAGUCACAUCUCAGGCUCUGUAUAAUGCUGGCAGUGAUAUUCAACAAAUCAACUUAGAACAAUGCUACAAUUUUGUUUGUGUGAAUGUUAAAACACCUGAUUUCCGAGAAACCCAAAAGUUACUGAGUAUGCUUGAAGAGAGCAACUUUUCCCUUUUAUAUCCCAUUGUUGUGGUUUCGGUACAUUUUCUUGAUUUUAAAUUAGUGUCUCCCAGUCAGAAAAUGGAAAGCCUAAUGUGGAUUAGAGAAUUUGCAAAGGAAAUGAGAAAAAGAAAUAUUUUAUUAUAUGGUCUUCUCAUAAAUCACUCACAGGAUGAGCAGAAGCUACAGGAGAAUUUAAGGCAAGGUGCCAUCAUUAUUACUGCCUUAAUUAAAGAAAGAAAUUCUGCACUCAUUGGCCAGCUACUGGUAGCAUGAAGAACACAGACGGCAUCCAAAAACUCUUGCUUAAUUUUGUUUAAGUAUCUGUGUUCUGUUUUAUUGCCCACCUCUAUUCCCCCUAAUAUGUGGUAGAAUAUUUUCUAUAUCUUAUGAUUUAUAGGAUGCGAUGCUUAGAUUAUAAAAGUGGAUAACUGUUUAUAUCUGUGAAGUUGUGUGUGUCAAAUAUAAAUUGCCUGAACCAGGAAAGAGUACAUGGUAGAGAAUAACUACCUUCACAUAACAAAUCUUCUCACAAAGGCUGAAAGGUCAAGUUGAAAUAAUGAACCUCCUAGGAAUGAGAAUUUAGAGAGUUUUAGUGAUUAUCUUAAUUCUGUUUAUUAAUCAUACUCUAUUGAAGCUGAUGAAUAAGUCUUCAGACUUUUCAAUGCUAAAAUUGUCUUUUCACCAUAUGUUUUAUCUUUUUGUCUUGUAUUGAUAUUUUCCACACCUUCAAAAAGAGGGCAGGGGCAUGACAGGAAAUCGAACUGUUUCAGUUUUCUUCAUCAUUUGUCUCCUAUUCCUCUAUAUCAUUAAAGGAGAUGUAAUCUCCUCCUGCUUUUCUAUUACUUUUAAGUUGCAUAUCCUCUUUGGUUUAUGAAAUGUAAUUUUGACUUAUUUUAAAGAAUCCCAUUUUUCUGAGUAAGUUUAAAUGUCUGGAGGGUUUCAUAGAAGUUGAGUGUUUUUAGUCAGUCCCUGGUUGGGAGCCUUCUGUAAAGCACAUCAUAGAGUCAAAUUACUUACUCUUUCAAUGAAGAUAGUGCCUCUUGUUAAAUCAAGUUCUUUUUUUUUUCCAAUUUCCAUUGAAAUAUAGGUCUUGAAUUUUAAUAUCUUCCUUUACACUGAACAAUUAUGUACGUACAAUCAUUAGAAAUGCCUUUUAUUUUAUACAUUUAUUUUAUAAAAACUGAUCAGAUCAUACCAGUCCUUAGACUGCAUGUGGAAUAUAAAAGUUGCAUGAAAUGUUUUCAGCUAAAGAUAGACAAUAAAAUAUUGACCUUGUGAGAUUUCUUUUUUCCCUGUAUUUCUCAAGUAUCCAUAUAGUAACUGAAUUUAUAUUUUGCAUUUAAAUGAGUGAUUAUAAUAGGCAUGGAAUAAUUAUUGCAAUUCAUUCUCCUAAAUGAGAUGGAUUGUUUGAAGGUAGGUUGGAUCUAAAUGCCUGGUCUCACCACUUUUCCUUUCUCUAGGAAUGUUAGGAAACACAAAUCAGUUAACUCACACUAUUGAGGGUGAACUAAGUGGGCAAUGUGUAGAUUUGGCUAGAACAUCUGUGUCCCUUUUUGGGGUGGUAACUGUGAGGAGAGAAGCUAGAACAAAGGCCAUGUCCUGUGCCUGUUGAAGUCUUCAGAGAAAGUUUUAAGACUUUGAAAGGCAGAGGGGGAAACAUUACCUGUGUCUGCAGCACAGCAAAAUCACCUUACUCUCCAGGGUGUCAACUGUGGCAACAGAUCUCAACAAGGGACUAUGAUAUCAGGCAUGGAUUUAUCUUGGAGCAAUUUGUGACCCACAGCACUGAAAAUUUAGAAGAACAAGACCCACCCACCCCCAUCCUCAUCCCAGCUUUCAUUGUUCAGAUGAGAAAGUUGGAGAUCAGGGAUCUUAUUGACCUUGCCCAGUGUUCUUGUAAAGGAGGUAGGGUUUAAACUCAGAAAGAGUGAUACAUUUUAAACUCACAGCCAGCAUAACAAAGGCUCCUGGCAAAGACUUCCAAAAUAGAGUUUGUGACAUGUACAUCAGAAAGCCAGAAGCUCAGAGUGAGCAUCCAGGAAUGGACAAGCCUGGGGGACUCCUCUGUCCAAUGACCAGAUGGAAGUCCUAGGGCUUCUGGCUUCCAAGCCACCUUUCCAGCAUACUAUAGGCAGAGGUGAAGGGAUAGAGUUACUGGCUAAUAAGUAAAUAUAAAUUAUUUUAUUGAUUGUUAAGAGAUAAAGAAGUAACUUUGCAGUUACGUUUUUAUCAUUGCUUUGUAAAUUUAAUUACUAUAAUUAAAACCUGUUCAUCCUCUGUUUUCCAAGACCACUUAAAAAAGAAUAGUAGUUAUACCUUAGGAUUGCUGAAAUUGCUUCUAGCUGUGAAAGAGUUUUUGGAAAGACUUUUAUUUCUAAAUGUAUGCUACCUAGUUAAAUGCAAUUUACUUUCUUUAGGAAUUUGAAACUGAACAAUACCAUCAGUAACUUGUAUUGGUAAGAGGUAGUAAUUUUUUUUUUCUUUUCCAUUAAAGUCCUCAGUUUAAAGGUGAUGCAAGUAUACUUACCUACAGGUAAAAGUCAGACCCCUUUAUCCUAUCAGAACCAUUGUUCUGUGGCCAUUUUAAGCAUUUUGCAUUGGUUUAACAGAAUUCUUUUUGAUGCUAAUGUACUAGCACUGUGAAAUUUUAUCUCACAUAUAUAAAUACAGCGAUCUGGAAAUAAAAUUGCAGAACAUUUUCUACUAAAAAUUUGUAAAUUUCAUUUUGUUCUAAUGUCAAAACUAAUUGUGAAUUUAUGGAAGCAUAAAUCAUAACAUUUUAAAUGAACCAUUAGUGCCCAUUUGGAAGAAGAAAGACUGAAGUUAUUUUAAAAGUUUAAUUCGGAAAUAAGUAAAAUAAAUGAAAAAAAUAAUUUACUUUGUUAGCAUACUUUAAAAUUAGUGGAUUAGAAGUGGCUGUGUAGUUGGUGGUUAACAUUGUACCAUUUGUACAUGUUCUUAUAGAUGUUAAUUUCAAAAUUGAAAAAUAUAUACAUAUUUUAACAUGAAAAGUAAAAACAAUUCUAAAUCUGUUUUAUCUCCCAACAAAGAAAUAAUUGAUAAGUAAAUUAUUUAUAUUUUUAAAACUAAUGACAUUUUCGUUGACAUUUAAUGUAUGCAUACUUUUUUUUCAAACUCAGUCACAAUAAAUAUCAUGUUAUAAAAAUAUAGUAGUGUAAUGCUUUAUAUUUUGGAAAGCUAGAAUUUG